CCGACGAACCGCUCGCGCUCGACCGCAUCUGGUCCGGUUUAUUCACCUAUAACGAAUCUGAAGACUUCCUUUAGAUUUGUAAAAGUUUAUUGAUAAGUAGUUUCGUUGCUGAUUGACUUUUCGAACAGAAACGGCGAACUUAGUUGAUCUAAGACCAAAUUUGGCCGCGUAUAUGAGGGUAGCGCGCGAGGGAAGACAAAAAUAUAAGAAAAAGACCUAAAGAGAAGCUUCACUCCGUCACAAAAAAAUAUAUAUAUAUAUAUUAUUUCUUUCUUUUUUCUCCAUGUAUUGGAAAAAUGAGGCUUUGGCCCCUCUAUCAGAGGGAAAUCAAUUUUUAUCCGAAGGAAUUCCCUCAAAACAGGUGAUCUCUCCAGAUUCACAGAGCACACCGGGAGCAUCACGCUGCGUGGACGGUCAACACGGACACGCUAUGUCACAGUCUGACGGGGAAUCUCACAGAUCUAAUAUGGAGAAAGACGACACUCGCUCUUCGCCGAGUCCCCCCUCAACUCCAUCCAUCUGCUCGCCCACGUCCACCGUCUCCUCCGUGCCGUCUACCGGGAAGAACGUGUGCGCGAGCUGUGGACUCGAGAUCCUGGACAGAUACCUUCUCAAGGUUAAUAAUCUGAUCUGGCACGUGAGGUGUCUGGAAUGUUCCGUUUGCAGGACUUCACUGCGACAGCACAACAGCUGCUACAUUAAAAAUAAGGAAAUCUUCUGUAAAAUGGAUUAUUUCAGUAGGUUUGGUACAAAGUGUGCCCGCUGUGGUCGCCAGAUCUAUGCCAGCGACUGGGUACGGCGAGCCAGGGGCAAUGCCUACCACCUGGCCUGCUUCGCAUGUUUCUCCUGCAAACGUCAGCUGUCCACUGGCGAAGAGUUUGGGUUGGUGGAAGAAAAAGUACUUUGUCGGAUCCAUUAUGACACAAUGGUGGAGAACCUAAAAAGAGCUGCUGAAAGUGGAAGUGGGCUCACUCUGGAGGGUGCAGUCCCAUCGGAACAGGAUAGUCAACCAAAACCGGCCAAAAGAGCACGGACGUCCUUUACUGCAGAACAACUACAGGUAAUGCAGGCACAGUUCGCACAGGACAACAACCCUGACGCUCAGACCUUGCAGAAGCUGGCAGACAUGACAGGAUUGAGUAGACGAGUCAUACAGGUUUGGUUUCAAAACUGCAGAGCGAGACAUAAAAAGCACACUCCACAGCACAGCGGCCCACCUCAAAGUCACCCGCAGGCCCGCAUGCCCCCCUCACUCCCGGACGAGCUGCAUUACUCUCCCUUCGGCAGUCCUGAGAGAGCACGCAUGGUGGCACUGCACGGGUACAUCGAAAGUGAGUGUUUCCUGAAACAUGGUCAUCCGUUCUCGGUGCUUACCACACAGAGUCUCCCUCAUCAGGCCAUGACAUUGCCUCAGCUCCCUCUUAGCCGCUAACGCCUCCCUGCCUUUCCAUACCCCUGACCUCUGACCCCUUCACCCUGAACUCCUGCUCCAAACUUCCGCCCACUCCUCCAUCGACCCCAGAGGUCAGAUCUGGGGAGAAGGUUGCGGUCCGUCGUGCUCUUGACCUCUGAACUCCCAAAGAGAGAGACUGUUUCCUCUCUGGUUUCAUUGAACAGGAUUUUGCUCACCUGCAUCUACUCACACUUGGUUACGGGAAACCCUAUUUGUGACCUGUGAAUUAUGGACUUGUGUCACCAAGACCAGGAUCUGGACUUUUGGGAAAAAAAGAAGAAAAAAAAAAAGACACUUGAGCACACACUGUAAGACUAAAGCGCUCUUGGUUCAUCCCCUUCUCCUGAUAGUCUCAUCUCACUCUGCAAUUGUUCAGCAUUUGGAGAUGACUUUGAAAGCAAACAAAAGGAAUGUAAAGUUACCAGCAUCAGUGUUAAAGAUAUAGGUUGAAAAAGGCAAGGAAGAAUGGAAAAUAAAUGGCACAGGACAUGGUGGUAAGACAUGUUUUAUCUUAUUUACCUCAAUGAAACACGCAAAACAUGCUUUGCCUAGUGACACAAUUGAUUAUGCAUGUUGUACUGGGCAUUCAAAUGGAUUUAUGCUACCUAAAAGAUCUUAAGUUCAAUUCAUUAUUUUUGUCCCUCCAAGGGCAAAGUUCAUGCAGAACUAGUAGUUUUACCUCAAAUGUUUAUUAAGAUUGAAUAUGGUGCUGCGCUCGAUUGGUCCAGCAUACAGUCUUUUAAGUUGAAAAGAAUAAAAAUUGUGCAUUGUUUGAAAUUAGAUUUUUUGAAAUGCCCAUUUAAUUGAUUUUAGGGAAUAUGUUAAGAAAUAUUUUGUUUCCAAAGCAGCAGAUGGUUUGUGAGAAAUUAAGUGAAAUGGUUUCAUGGAAUGUAUUAAGGAACUUUUUUGUUUGUUUGUUUAAGAGUUAAGAAAAUUAUUUAAGACAUCUAAAACCUUGAUAUCUUCCUUGACAAGCUGCAGCUUUUGGAAUUGUUAUAAUUUACAAAUAUGCUUUGCAAUAACUGUUGCUAUACUGAUUUACUUGAGUUUUUUUCCCAGCUGUGGUUUAGAGCAACCAUAAUUAACAUUAACCUUAAGACGAGAUUAUUUCAAAGUGAAAACAGUGCUCCAAACACACACACACACACACACACACACCACCCACACACACACACACACACACACACACACACACACAAGAAGGGGAUCAAGAAGGGAUAAUAAAUGGCAAACAAUAUUUUGUGUACAAGAAAAAGAAGAGGUAGAUUGAAACUAAAAAGAGCACUUCAGUUAAAUGUAACGAUAACUACAUGUCAAGAAAAUUUACAUGUAUUUUAUUUAAGCAGUGUCUUUUAUGUGGAAGGCAAAUGUGUCUGUGUUUUAUUGUUUUAUCCAAACAUGUUAUGCCUCAGCCAUGACAAGAGAGCUGGAAUGUUGUAUACUUGCUGCAUACACGUUAACAGAUCGGAGUUGUGUACAGGUCUGAGACCAGGGAAAAAGUCUGAAAUUGUAAUUUAAAUUUGAGAAAUACAUUCUUGUGUUCUUAAUGGGGGACAAGGCCUCUAUAUUCUUGUAUUUAUUAUGACAGAUAGCCUGUAAGCACUUUUCCCCACUGCCACUUCUCUGUUUUGUAAGAAAGA